UUGCACCCCCCCGUGGAAAGAGAAGGAAAGGUUAUCUUCUAGAUAUUGCACCCCGUGGAAGGAAAAAAAAAGGUCGCUCAACGAAUUCAGUUGCUACCCAGACUUCAGUGGCUACCCAGACUUCCUUCCUCCACACUGAGUCUCCACCCCUUGGCUACAUGAGCAAGGACAACGAUAGUAAUGACCCUCCUGAUAUAACAUAUUAUUCAGAGGUUGAAGCAGAACUUGGAAAUGGGUAUGAUGGUUAUUUGAGUAGUGAGGAAAUUGAUAUAAAGGAAGAGCCAAUUGAACCAAUGGAGGAGCCAUCCAAUAGAGAAGGUAUGGCUCCAACACGUAAGGUUUACAGUUCCAGCCGAUGGCAGCGCAUCAAAGAAAAGGAAAACCGUCCCAUUGGACAUGAUAUUAGAAAUAUUUAUGCUUUCAGAGAAGGGAGAAUCCAACGUGAGCAUCAGUCGUGCGCUGGACAUUGGUCAUAUGACGGUUACAUUUAUACUAAAGAAUAAGAAGAGUAUCCUUGAACAGGUCAAAAUUACUGCACCUGAACGGCUCAAAAGUGCUGCACCUGAACGGGUCAAAAGUGUUGUUCGUAGAACACCCUAUAAAAAGAAGAGUAUACAUGAACAGGUCAAAAGUGCUGCACCUGAACAAGUCGAAAGUGUUGUGCAUAGAACGGCCAGUAAAAUGAUGCUGGACACUGUUGAGUUAGAAAGGUUAUUGUUGUUCUGGCUUAAAGAUCAGAACCAGCGGCGUAUGCCAUUAAGCCUUGGUGCAAUUAAAGAGAAGGGUAGAAGGUUACAUGAGGCAUUAGAAAGUGAAAGGGAGAAAGGGAGUACAAGUGGACAGUUUGUGGUGAAGAGUGAUUGGUUUAACCAUUUCAUGGCUCGUGCUAGAUUGCAAAAUCUUAAGGUGCCAGUUGAAGCUGCUCGUGCUGAUGAGGAAGCAGCAAAAUAUUUUCCUAUUUGGUUGGCUGAGAUAAUUAGGGAGGGGGGUUACUUACCGGAGCAAGUGUUUAAUGUGGAUGAUACAGGCUUAUUUUGGAAGCGUAUGCCUAGUCGUAUGUUUGUCUCCAAGGAGGAGAAGUCGGCACCGGGUCAUAAAGUCAGUAGGGAAAGACUGACUUUACUUCUCGGUGGUAAUGCUAGUGGUGACUUAAAACUUAAGCCUUUGUUAGUGUAUUUGGCUGAGAAUCCAAGGGCAUUCAAGGGAAUUUUGAAGAGUCAACUCCCCGUCAUUUGGAAGUCUAAUCAGAAGGCUUGGGUUACACUUUGUAUCUUUGAAGACUGGUUUACAAAUCACUUUGUGCCAACAGUGAAGGAAUAUUGUAUUCAGAAGAAUCUGCCUUUUAAGGCUUUGCUUGUGUUGGAUAAUGCCCCUGGACACCCUUCACAAUUGGAUUACAUGCAUCCUAAUGUGAAGGUAGUUUACUUUCCCCCAAAUACCUGCGUUCCAUUUUGCAACCAGUGAACCAGGGUGUCAUGGCCUUCUUCAAGGCCUAUUACCUCCAAAGGAUGAUGAACAAUGCCUUCGAGGCCAUUGGAAGAAACAAGGAGUUGACUUUCAAAGAAUUUUGGAAGUCAUACAACAUUUUAGAAGCUGUGAAGAACAUUGCAGGUGCUUGGGACGAGGUACAGCAGACCAGUAUGAAUGGGGCCUGGAAGAAACUGUGUCCGCAGUUUGUGAAUGACUUUAUAGGAUUUGAGGACUUAGAGACUCAUGAAAGUGUCACCAACAAUAUUGUUGCAAUUAGUAAGGUGCUAUGUUUGGAGGUGAAUGCUCACGAUGUCAAGGAACUGCUGGAAUCACAUGCAGAGGAGUUUUCUGAAGAGGACCUCAUUCAGUUGGGGAAACAGAUGACUGAGGAGGAGGAAGAGGCACCAGUCCCAGAACCCAGGUUAUUAAUUGAUAAGGAUUUGUCAAAGGCGUUUUUCCAUGUAGAGAAAGCGAUAGCAUUGUUUCAGGCUGCGGACCCCAACAUGGAAAGGCACACCAAGAUACUUAGAAGGGUCAUGGAUAAGCUCACGUUUUAUAGGGAGACUUUCGAAGAGGAAAAGAAGAAAAAAACUCUCCAGUCUAGCCUUGAUUGUUUUUCCAACAAGCAGUCUCCAACAUCAUCUGCCUUUCCUAACCUAGAAGUGAGCGUCGUCCUGCCCAACCCUAACUUCCAGUACAUCAUGUUAGUUCAAGAAGGAACUGUCAUCGCCCCUACCCGAAAUGAGCCUUUUCUCCUAACCCAGAUUAGGUUGUAUGGAUUGUGGUCUGUAUUUGGCAAUAUGGUUUCAUCUUCUUGUCUUCUCUAUUGA